UUAAUUCCGAAGCCUGGACACUUGUAAGGCAUCAGGGAGGGAGUACACCACCACACGCCCUCGCGGCGCAGUCUCAGCGUGUCGUGCCGAUUGUUCUGUCAAUUACAGUCAUUGGUGACCAGUUUGGACAAGAUGAAGGACGGGCUGAAUGUAGCCACGCUACCCAGCCCCCUCGAAAGAUACACUCUUGAUACGAAAUUGGGGUCAGGAAUUUUUGGAGAGGUGUUCAAAGCAACUGACACACAGGCCAAUGGCAAGGCUGUGGCAAUCAAGGUCCAUACGUACACUGAUGAGAAUGAAGUCCACAUUCAAGAGGAAUACAAAAUACUCAGAGACUUCACUAAACAUCCAAAUCUGAUUGAUUUUUAUGGAGUCUUCUGUGAGAAAUCGGAAGGCGUGAAAAAAAUAUGGUUUGCGCUUGAACUGUGUGAAUGCGGAUCUGUCAUCGACAUCGUCAGAAAGCUGAACACAACAGACAGAAAAAUGUCGGAGGAACACAUCGCCUACAUUCUCAAAUAUACGAUCAAGGCCCUCAUUUAUUUGCAUGAGAACAAAGUCAUGCAUCGAAACAUACGGUGCAGUAAUAUUCUAAUAACAAAAGAUGGAGAAGUCAAACUCACAGAUUUUGGACUAUCUUGCAAGCUGAAUGGAACUCUAGCAAAGAGACAUACGAAUAUUGGAUCACCAAGUUGGAUGGCUCCAGAAGUUGUGGCGUGCAAUGGUGAUGGAUAUGGAGAUCGAGCAGAUGUUUGGGCAUUGGGAAUCACCACUAUUGAAAUGGUGGAUGGAAAGGCCCCAUUUCAAGAUAUGCAUCCCACAAGAGCGUUGUUUCAAAUUAUGAGGAAUCCCCCGCCAGGUCUAAUGAAACCAGCAAUGUCAUCGAAUGAAAUAAAUGAUUUCAUUUGCGAAUGUCUUGAAAAGAAUCCUGAACAUAGACCAUUUAUUAUGGAAUUGGAAGAGCAUCCAUUUAUACAAUCUGUCCCUGAAAAUGACUACCACUUGUCCACAGAGUUGAAAAUGCAAAUAAUGGAUUUGAAAAAAAUAGAAACUCCAAGUAAACCACCAGAACGAAUCAUCAAAAAGGGUCUUCUUAUGACUGAAGGUGUACCUGAACAAGAAACCAUGCAAGUUGAGGAUUUGGCUGCACUGGAUAAUUUGACAGAAGAUAGAGUUCUUGCCGAACUACAAACAAAGCUUUUAAAGGGUUCAUUUACUUCGUUUGUUGGCGAUAUUCUUCUCAUUCUUAAUCCAAAUACCGACGAAGAUAUAUACAAUGAAAGUUAUCACCAAAAAUACGAAUGCAAAUCCAGGUCAGACAACGAACCCCACAUAUUUGCUGUAGCAGACAGCGCGUACCAAGAUGCUCUCCAUCAUAAUGAACCACAGCACAUUGUGUUUUCAGGCGAGAGUAAAUCAGGAAAAACAACCAACAUGAUUCACGCUUUAUCACAUCUUACACAUCUAGGUGCUAUGAAAAACAAUACUGCCGAACGCAUUCAAAAAGCCACCAAAGUGAUUCAUGCUACAAUGAAUGCUGCCACGCCUAUCAAUGCUAAUUCUACGAGAGGAAUUUUACAAGUCCAAGUAACUUAUGGAAGUUCCGGAAAAUUAAGUGGAGCCAUUUUUUGGCUAUAUCAAUUAGAGAAGUGGCGUGUAUCAUCAACUGAUAUGAGCCAUGCCAAUUUUAAUCUACUGUAUUAUUUUUACGACGCAAUGGAAGCAGAUAAUAGACUAGAUGGACUUGAUUUAGAAAAGAACAGGAAACAUCGUUAUUUAAGAAUACUAGACGAACCGUGCAAAAAUGCUAAGGGUGUACGUGAAACACCAAAACAGAAUGUAGGGAAAUACAAGGAAUUUAUUGAUAAUUUGAAAAUACUAGAUUGGGAAGAGGAAGAUAUUGCAUUUUUUGAAACAAUACUAGCAAGCAUACUAGUAUUAGGAAAUGUCAGAUUUAAAGAUGGUAAAAGUGGUUCCGCAGAAAUUGAAAACCCUGAUGAAGCUAAGAAAGUAGCAAAACUAUUGUCACUUGAAGAAGUUAAAUUUCUUUGGGCAUUACUCAAUUAUUGUUUAAUAGAAAGUGGAACUGCCGUGAAGAGAAAACAUUCGACAGAUGAAGCGAGGGAUGCCAGAGAUACACUGGCCAGCGCAUUGUAUAAGAGACUUAUUGACUGGAUGAUCAAUUUAAUAAAUUCCAAGUUAUCAUUUAUGAGAGCUGUUUUUGGUGACAAAUAUUCUGUAAGCCUUUUAGACAUGUUUGGAUUUGAAUGUUACCACAGAAACCGAUUAGAGCAAUUGAUAGUAAACACGACGAAUGAGCAAAUACAGUUUCUCUAUAACCAAAGGAUAUUUGCUUGGGAAAUGCAGGAGGCUGCGGAAGAAGAAGUCCAAGCUGCGUCUUUACAUUUCUAUGAUAAUAAGAAUUCUGUAGAUCAACUCAUGGGAAGACCUCUGGGAUUGUUUUAUAUACUAGACGAAGCUAGCAGAACAGGAAGCGGCCAAGAAUUUAUUAUGAGCACAAUUAGAACGACGUGCAAAGGACCGUACAUCAAGUUGUCUGGAAGUCACGAAUUCAGCGUAGCUCAUUACACGGGAAAAGUAAAUUAUGACGCCCGUGAAAUGGGUGAUAAAAACAAAGACUUUCUACCACCCGAAAUGAUUGAAACUUUGAGAGCAUCAACAAAUAUUACCGUUCAGCAGUUAUUUAGAAAUAAAUUGACUAAAACAGGAAAUCUGACUGUGUCUCCAAGCCAGCCUAAAGUGACAGUAGCAAAAAGUAAAUCCGAGAAGGAAAUGGAAAAUAUUAAGGCAAGGAAAUAUAACACGGUAUCAAAGGGCCAAUUCUCACAAGUGCACAGAAUGAGAACUGCUGCGGCCACCUACAGGGCUACCAGCUUGGAAAUCUUGAAGCAACUCUCCAUAGGUCCAGGCAGUGGGGGGACGCACUACGUAAGGUGCAUACGAGCUGAUCUAAAUGACAACCCUAAAGGUUUCCAGACAGAGGUGGUUAGGCAGCAGCUGAGAGCCCUGUCUAUAUUGGACACGGCUAAAGCACGGCAAAACGGCUUCUCAAGUCGUAUACCGUUUGCAGAAUUUAUCAGAAGAUACCGCUUCCUAGCUUUCGAUUUUGAUGAAAAUGUAGAUGAAACGAAAGACAACUGCAGAUUGCUGCUAAUCAGACUCAAGAUGGAAGGAUGGGUGCUGGGCAAGUCUAAAGUAUUCUUAAAAUAUUACAACGAAGAAUUCCUGUCUCGGUUAUACGAAGUACAAGUGAAGAAAAUAAUAAAAGUACAGUGUAUGAUGAGAGCUUUCCUGGCGAGGAGAAAGGCAGCUAAAAGCAAAUCAAAAAUAUUACACAUAAAGGAGUUGAAGAAACAACAAUCUCUGAACGUGACUGAAGACGAUGCUGCUUUAUUGAUACAAAAAGCAUACCGCGGCUACAUAGUGCGCAAGGCAUACGGCCCGCUGAUCAACAAGAGUACAGGCCAGAUAGACGAGGAGACUGCGUCCUUCCUCAAAAGGUUCGCCAUGAAGUGGAAGAGCCGGUCCAUCUUCCAGGUGUUGCUGCAGUACAGGGCUGUGAGGUACCAAGAUUUGGUGCAUUUCUCACAACAGGUCCACAUUUACAACCAGGCCAUGCUAGAAGCGUUGCUGAACACGAGUACAUCAGUUCUACUGGACAGGGUGGACCCCCAGGCUAAAGGAGCCGACUUUCUAGGAUCAGGGCCGCCAACUGUGUGGAAACUGCCAUUCAGAAUCGACCAGCUUCAGUACUACGACACCUCGUACAUGUGCGACCCUGCAGCCAAAUCCACAGACACAUUUGCAAGCCAAUACGACUCCGACCACGAGCAGUGGGACGAGCCCAUAAAGCGGCGAUUCACAGCACAAACCGACGUCACCACUGCAUCCACCAGCACGCAAACCCUCAUAACUGUGCCCUUCUGUAGGGACCCCACGCAACCUGUCCCCAAACUGCCACCAGAGGAACCGAAGGCCCCAAGCUCAAGACCAGCCGUGUACAAAAAGAAAGCCCACACUCCUCACAGCUACUAUAAACCACCAGAACCAUGGCACGCCCGUGACGAUACAGACAUCCUUGAAGGCAGCAACACUCCAAGACUGCGUAAAACUAACUACAGCAAAAGCUUCUACGGCAUCGAUGCUCCUAAUUUGGAGAAUCCUAUCAAAGAACUCCAGGCUCUGGCGAAAUCGACCAGCGAUAUCAACGAAGACGACCCGCCGUUCAACUUCCAGGCUAUGCUGAAGAAAACGCCCAGAAACAGAGCGUCGAUGAAGAGGUCCGGGGAAAUUGAUAAUGGUUUCGAUGAUAUGGGUAUGAGAUCUGGCAGAGUAGGGUUGCCACCUUCUGGAAAGGUCACUCCUUCUGGGAUAAGGUCUCCCGCAACUGGAAAGGUUACACCUACGGGCAAAGUAAUUCCCAGUAGCAAGUCCCCAGCGCCGCCUCCUCCAAGGUCUAGCAGUAGAGAAUUCGUUAGAAACGACUCCAAGGACCUUAUCAUAGCAGCUUUGAAGAAGAGGGAUUCCAAAACUGACUUACUUUGCUCCAUGUUGGACAACAAAAUGGAGAGCGAAAUAGUUGAGUUGGCGCCAGGAAUAACUGUCGAGGGAAUGGUUACAGAUUUAUAAAUAACAAGAAAUCUGUUUAUUGUAAAAAAUAUAUUUAAUCUCCAUUGCUUUUGGAAGUCCAUAUACAUAAUUUAGCUUAUUAUGGCGUAUCAAUUUAUUAAUUUUGACGGUUACGUCUUUAAAGCCAUACAUUAUGUUAAUUCAUAAGAUUGUUAUUGACAUAAGUAGCAUAACGGUUUGUAUCUCAAUAGAGUUAAGUAUAUUGGAUACAAGAUCCUUAAAUUUAAUGAUGGCCUUAUUUUAAAGAACUACACACAUUUUUUCUUUAAAAUAUAAUAUCUUAGGGCUUUAUCCCAUACAAAAAUAUAUGAAUUUCAUUACCGCUAAAAGUAUCGUUAAUUUAUAAUUGCUUUGGUAACUUAUUAUUAUUACUUAAGUUCUAACGUGUUCCUAUGUUACAUGUGUCUAGAGAAAUCUGUGGAAUUAUGUCAUUAAAGCCAUUAAAAGGUGGGCGUUAAAUUCAUUAAAACAUUACAAAAAUGUUGCCAGUAUUAGCCGUUUACAAUUCAUGUUUACAACUUGUCUAUCUAUAAAUUACCGGCGCCACUAUGAAAUGUUAUUUUAGGUUAGGAAUAUCUGACACAUAAAAUGUCAGCACUUAGGCGUAAGGUCCAAACCUCGUAUUGCAUAUUCAACGAUUUGACACAUCCGAUCUAACAAAAGCGUUUUAGGUACUAUCUGACAGUUGUCCGGAACUGACAUUUUAAACUGAUGGGGAAAACAAUGUAGAAAACCUUCAGUUGAUUGUGUAUGUAAAAUGCGACAGUGGCGCGCGACAUUUUAACCUAGACAAGUUCAUUUACAAGAAAACAAAUAAUCGUAAGACAAUAUAACAGGCAUUUUAUCAGAUUACAAAAAUAAACAAAUUCAAUUUAUCAUCACACUGUCCAAUUAGUUUAUUAUUUUUUAUUGUGUAUCAUUUACAUUAGUAUCCGCACCUAAAACAUCUUAAAUCUACAUAUAGAUAAUGCCAUGUUUUUACCUGUAACUGUGUUAUUACUUUGAAGCUCACAAUUAUUUGUACAGAUUGAUAUGUGUUUCAUAAAAACUCUUUAUUUUUAUUAAUUAGCCUGACACGUCCAAAUAAUAUUGAAAAAAAAGAUAAAAUGUUACGUAAACAUACAAAACCAAUGGAAAAUAGUAAAAUGUAAAAACUAUAAUGAAAUACUAGAAACUUUAAGGAAUAAAGAUUCGAUCUGGUCAGGUCAGGCUUUAUUCUAAUUAUAAAAUAUUUUAAUUUAAUUUUUUUAGAUAUAACCACAAAAUAUCAACUGCCUUAUUACUUCAUAUUAUUAUUGCUCGCGAAUACGAAUAUAUUAGCAAUAAAGUUAUAAAAAAAUA